UGUCAUUUCGUCAGUUUGACGUUUAAGUGGCGUUGAUUAGAUUGUUUUUAUAAAACGAAAUUAAACACUUUAAUCGGUUACUUAAUUGUGUGUUCUAAUUAAAAACUUCUUAAAAUAGUGUAGACUGAGGGCAUAAUAGCAAAACUUUACCAGAAUCGUUCCAACAAAAUUCACAAUUGUGCAAUCAAUUUUCACGCUUUUUUCGAUUUGUUAGUGUAGUGAACUAUUAAAAAGUUCCAUUAAUGUGUGUGGUGUGAAUAUUUUGCGCUAUUGUUACAGUUUUAUUGAUUUAGGAGACGAAAUGGAAUUGUCCAGCUUAUUACCUGCCCCCAUACAACCUGUAUGGGAUCGCGACGACGAGAGACGCCAACAGAAUGCCUCAAAUCAGCGUUCAACAUCUGUAGUAACAGCCCAAAGCAUCGCCCCGCCAUAUGGACAGAGGAGGGGCUGGGUCCCACGAGUGCAUACCGAUUUUGGGGAUGGGGGUGCAUUCCCUGAGAUCCACGUGGCCCAAUACCCCCUUGAUAUGGGGCGCAAGGGCAAGGAAUCGACUUCAAAUGCUCUGGCGGUCCAAUUGGAUGCCGAGGGCAAAGUGAAAUACGACGUAAUCGCACGUCAAGGCCACGGCAAAGACAAAAUCGUCUAUUCCAAAUUAUCUGAUUUGUUACCAGUUGAAGUAACCUCUGAAAACGACCCAAGUUUGGCUAAACCCUGUCAGGAGGAAAUCGAAGAUAUCACAGAAAAAACCCGUCAGGCAUUACAAAGACUGACAAAUUCGAAAAUCGCGGCUGCUAUGCCGGUCAGAUGUGCUGAAAAACAGGGCCCCGCUGAAUUUAUCAGAUACACUCCGUCGCAACAAGGGGCUGCGUUCAACUCGGGGGCGAAGCAGCGGGUCAUUCGUCUCGUUGAAGCCCAAGUUGAUCCAAUGGAGCCACCACGUUUCAAAAUCAAUAAGAAAAUCCCCCGGGGGCCGCCUUCACCCCCAGCUCCGGUUUUGCACAGUCCUACACGACGUGUCACCGUUAAGGAACAAAAAGAGUGGAAAAUCCCGCCGUGUAUUUCGAAUUGGAAGAACGCAAAGGGGUACACAGUCCCAUUGGAUAAGCGUUUAGCUGCCGAUGGCCGAGGCUUGCAACAGUUGCACAUCAACGAGAAUUUCGCCAAGUUGGCCGAGGCAUUGUAUAUUGCCGAUAGAAAAGCCCGAGAGGCUGUUGAAACCCGCGCCCAACUCGAAAAGAAACUCGCUCAAAAGGAAAAAGAACAAAAAGAGGAGCAUUUGAGACAGUUGGCGCAGAAAGCGAGAGAUGAACGUGCAGGGAUCAAAGUCGCCGAUGCGAAAAUCACCGAUGAGGAGGAACGGGAGAGGGAGAUGUUGCGACAGGACCGUCAUAAGGAGAGAGCGAGGGAGAGGAAUUUAGCUCGAGCGGCCCCUGAUAAGAGGUCGAAGUUGAAGAGGGAGCGAGAGAGGGAUAUUUCCGAACAGAUUGCGUUGGGAAUGCCGGCCAGAGGAGUGUCCUCAAACGAGGUGCAGUUUGAUCAGAGGUUAUUCGGACAGGCCCAAGGCCUGGGGCACGGAUAUGGGGACGAUGAUGCGUAUAAUGUUUACGAUAAGCCGUGGAGAGAGGGGGGUUCAAUGGCCAAUCAUUUGUACAGACCUAGCAGAAAUGUGGACAAGGAAGUGUACGGUGAAGAUUUGGAGAAAAUCGUCAAAACGAACCGAUUUGUCCCGGAUAAGGAGUUCAGCGGAACGGAUCGGAAUGCGCCGAGGUCAGGACCAGUCCAAUUCGAAAAAGAGGAGGAUCCGUUCGGUUUAGAUCAGUUCUUGAGUCAGGCUAAACGUGCGAGUAAACGCAAAGAGCCGGAAAGGAGAGAUGAUAGGGAUAAGCGAAAGCGAAGAGAUUAAAAUAUUGAUUGUAUUUGUUUUUUUUUUUUUUAAAUAAAUACAAUGUAGAAAUA